AUGGGCACGUGCACCUACACCGCAUCCAUCCCGUGCAACCAGAGCUCCAACCUGCCCCACUUCAACGUGGAGACGACAAACGAGCACCGUGGCGGCAACACGGCCGUGUCUUACGUCAAAGAGGUCCACGUGGAGGUCUACGGCCACAGAAUCACCUUGGGCCAAGGGCGCCGGGUGCUGUGUCCUCACGUCACGCAUUUAAAUGUAAUUGCGGUAGAAUAUCAUCUCGACUGUGUCAAUUGUGUCACCUCUGUUGUGCAGGUGGAUGGGCUGCGUUUGACUCCUCCGUUCUUCAUUUCGGGGGUGUACAUCCAACUGAGUGGAUCCUACGUUGUGCUCGAGACCGAUUUCAAUCUGGUUGUUCGGUUUGAUGGGAACCACCAUGUGGAGAUAGUCGUGCCUGGAGAAUACACGGGGGAACUGUGCGGCAUCUGCGGGAACUUUAAUGGAGAUGGCUCAGAUGACAAUCUGAAGCCAGAUGGGUCAGCAGCGGCCUCAUCAAGCGAGCUGGGAAACAGCUGGAGAGUGUUCAACAGUUCUGAUGAUGAUUGCCAAGAUGAUACCGGGGAAAUACCUCCAUGUGAUGAGAAUGACAAGAACCUGUAUGAAUCGAAUACGUUCUGUGGAAUAAUCACUGGCCCUGAGGGAGCUUUCAAAGAGUGCCACGCGGUGCUGCCUCCACAAGUCUUCUUCGACAACUGCGUGUUCGACCUGUGUGCCACGGGUGGGGACCACGGCUCGCUGUGCCAGGCCCUGCAGGCCUACGCCGACCAGUGCGCCCAAGCUGGGGUCAUCGUCACGUGGAGGAACAACACCUUCUGCCCAUUCCCGUGUGAACCGGGCAGCCACUAUGAGAGCUGUGCCCCACCGUGCCCGGCCACCUGCAGCAACGCAAGUCUCCCGGGUGGCUGCAACCAGCAAUGUGCAGAGGGCUGUGUCUGUGACGACGGCUUUGUCCUCUCUGGGGACAAGUGUGUCCCUACAGAUCAGUGCGGUUGCCUGGAUAACAAUGGCCACUACCAUCCGGUGAGCUAAGCAAAGAUAUGUACGUAAAUCCCUAUCCUAGGAUUUGUGUUUGAUGCAGGCCAACACAAGUUUGAAUCUUCCUUAAUAAAAAAUAGGAUUUCAAGUCACAGUCAAAAGCAUUCAUGUGUUUUUAUUUAUUUACUCGUCAUCAUAAUAAUAGCUAAAAGGUCAACUGAGAUGUUUCUAAAGACAUUGCAUUUGUAUCUCAGCUCAGGGAGAGCUGGUUUGAGUCGCAUGACUGCAGCAAGCGCUGCAUCUGUGUCAAUCCUGGCGGCAAUGUGAGCUGUGAUGCCUGGGUCUGUAAGGACGAUGAGAUCUGCAGUGUGGAGGAUGGCAUCCUGGGCUGUCACAGACAGGGUGAGUGCUUCCUGCGUGAUUUUUCAGUCUACAUAUAAUGCUAUGAAACAUUGUUCUCCAGGUCUAGAU